AUUUUGGUAGACUACAAUAAUGAGUGAGGUAAUAAAAACAGAAGACAAUUCAAACGAUCAGCACGUUAUUGACGAUGUAUACGACGGCGUAGAGGAAGAUAAAAAUAACGAACAAACUAGAGCCCCAGUGGCUGAAGAAGCUACACCGGCAGCACCGCCAAAGGAGGAAAAGAAGGAGGAUGAGGAUAAGGCUACAAUGGAGAAAGUAGCUGCUAUGUCUGUUAUGUUCCCAUCGAUCGACAAAGAGAUCAUUUUGUCAGUUUUGAAGUCAUCGUCCACACAAGAGAGAGCCGUUGAAACACUCCUACAAAUGUCAGAUCCUUCCACUCAGUCCCAGACGCAAAAGCCAUCGAGACAGUUCGACGACGAUGAGGCACUCGCACGUCGUCUCCAGGAAAUGGACUUUGAGAGGAAUGGUAGAGCAUCUUCAACGCCUUACGAUGAUCUAGGCUAUGAGCCACGCAAACCAAGACGUCAACAGAAGCCUCCACCAGAGCAAUUCGAGAACUUGGAACCUGGCUUCAACUUCUCAGAUAUUACCAACGCUUUCUCUGAAUUGGCUACUACUUCCAAGAAGCAUCUUAAUGAUUUCUGGUCCUCGCUCACUGAAGGCUACAAUACUGUCCAGAAUACCGCAGAAGAGCACCUCGGUGAACAUAGACCAGCAAAGAGAUCAACCCAGAUCGAUGACCCAUACGCUCAUCAUUAUGAUCCACAAAUACAUCGCAGAGCACAGAAACAUAACAGACAAUCAAUAAUUCAAAUGAAAGAUAACUCAACUGAUAAGAACACUACCCACCAAACACAGCCAUCUGACUUAUCUGGCUUGGGAUUCCUCCCUCGUCGUGAAAUUGACUUGAGUCAACAUAAGAGAAACACGAAUACAUCCGAGAAUGAGGAGGAUGAUGAUUACACACAUAACCCAUUUAACGAAAGAAAGUAAUGUCAUUAAUUUCAUAAAUUUAUCCUUACU